UGUUCUUUCUUCUUUUUUCCAUUUUCUGGUUUUUGUAUUUUUUUUUGCUUCUUCUUCUCUUUUUUUUUUUUACAAAGCUUCUUCUUCUCUCUUAUCUUAUUCAUUUUGUAAUUUGUUAAUGAGACGAAAAUUCGAAGAAGGCAAGUGAACUAGCUAAUUGUUUCAGUCAUCAGAGAAAAUCUCAUAACAAUCAGGUAAAAACUAAUCAUUUAAAAAAAUAUGGUUGCUUGCUUUAAAUGAGUAUAUGCAAGAUUCAAUUUUUCUUUUGGUCUUCUUGUUUUCUAGUUACUUUGGCUUGACAUGAGUAUUAAUAUUUUUUGAAAAUUCCACAAUAUGUUUGUGAUCUAUUGGUCUUGAUUCUAGGUAUUAAGCUACAAAAAAAUCUUCAUUUUGUUGUUAUGGUUUUUAUGAAGGAUAAAUUAGGAGUUAAACAUUUUAGAUAUUAUGAAUUACCUCCAGCACAAAUUUUUCCAGACGGCAAAAAGUUGAGGUAAGUAAAAUUUGAAAAAAUAUUUAGUAUUGAUUGAUACAUAACUUAUUACCUGAUAAAUGUUUUGAUAAAUAGUUUUUUCAGUUUAUACAUUUGUUUAUGGCUUGUUAAGUGAUAAAUUUGUUGAUACAUUUUUCUCGAUAAAUGAUUUGUUAAAUGAUAAAUGAUUUGAUACAUGGUUUGUUAUUUGAUAUGUUAAUUGAUAAAUAAUUUAUUAUCUGCUAAAUGAUUUGUUACCUGGUACAUGUGUUAUUAGCUGACGAGAGUUUCUGUAUCAAGGAAUUGAUAAAUUGUUGUAUAAUGUUAAAAAGUACUUGUUGUUCAUUGAUACAUUGUUUGUGAGUUUCGACAUUGCUUGAAACUUGAUUUGGUUGUUGACAAUUGUGUUGACUACAUAGUUUGUGAGUUAAUUGGAGUUUGUUAAAUAUUUUUUUAUCUGAUAAAUGAUUUCUUUAUAUAUCUGUGUAGUUAAUUGAUUUUUUUAUUUGUUAUCUAUGUAGUUAAACGAUUGUCCUAAUUCUUUGUCUUGUCUAUGUUGAUACUUUCCGUGCCAAGGAAAUUUUGGACACCUUCAUAACGUUCAUCCUUGGAUAUUACCGGUACAUAAACUUGUCAGAAAGUAAUUGCAAGUAACGGAUACAUACUUUGUUAGAUGAUACAUUAUUUGUUAGCUACUACAUAUUUUGAUAACAUUUAUGUUAGUUGUUAUUUACUUAGUUACACGAUAAUAUUUAUGUUCAAUUUUAAUCAAAUUUAAAUUUUUUUCUUUUUAUUUUACGUAUUUUGUUAGAGAAAAUAGAAGGAAAAUAAGAGGAAAUAGAGUGUGAUAGUGUAAGAGAAAAUAGUGUAAAAAGAAAAGAAGUGUAAAAGGAAAGAAAGUGCAAGAGUGUAAGAGGAAAUAUAGUGUGGUAAAGAGAAGAAUAUGGGUAAUUUCGGCAAUUUGAGACACAAUUGUUACACCAUUUUACUUUUUUGUCACAUCAUGUAUAGAUAGCUGAAUUUGACACCACUUAUGUAUAUUGAGCGAAUUCUAUCUUACUAAAAAGUAAUAUUGAAUUCAGAUCAAGAUUUUUAUAUAUGUGGGUACUUUCGGUGUAGGAAGCUAAUAUAUGUUCUAAUAAUUUUGCAUAUUUGAACUUAGGUUAAGCUAUUACGGAUAUAACCAAAAUUACCGGAAAUCUUUUGUCAACCAAGGAAUUAGAAUUAGUUUUUGAUCAUUUUCAUCUUCAUAAUGAUAAUCAUCCAACAUUGAUCAAUUAUUUCGUUGACGAAUCUCUCCAGAGAUCUCUUCCGGUCGAUAUAAACUAUACAUUUAUCUAUCUUCUCUUCAUAGCUAGAACUUUUAUCUUCGUCAUCACAUUGUUGUCUUAGCCACUCCGACCCAAGAAACAACCUUCAUUCAUAUCAAAUGACGUCACAAAGGGCAAUCAUCUCAUUCCUCCAUGCCUUUACAUCUCUCACCUCAAAUCAACCUCCAAAUCAUGGUAUAUAUACGUAGGACUAGACCCGUAUCGGAUAUCCAGGUUUUUGAAGACACGUUCCAACGUUCAAGGGACAAAACAGAGGUAUUUUAGGACACAUUUUAUUUUAGCGGUGGUGGCAAAAAAGAAAAGAAAAGUCAAUUUACUACUAAACAGAUAAGCACAUUACUGUUUCAUUGGUUUUUGUUUUCUUCUUCAUCGUUCCGUUCCUCGUAUUUUCUCCACCGCUUGUUUUGUUCUGUUUUUAAUUUUCUCUGUUUCUACGAGAAGAUUCAGUGUCUUCACUAACCCAAAACGAUUCUCUCCUCCUUUUUUUUUACUUCCUCUUGUAGAAACACAUAAACAGAGAGCUGUUCUGUAAACCCUUCGAUCGGUUAAUAAAACACGAAUGAGUAUUUGAUUCGUAAAACAUAUGGAGAUAUCUUCUUCGUCCCAACGGUUCGGUUGUAUCCUUAGAGAUCGUAAUCAAAACGCCUUCGUUUGCAAGAACAAUCUGAAAGCUCCGGCGAAAGACCAUCAUCAUCGUCACGAGCUCUUUAGAUCUUCCGCAGCAUCCCACGAGAAUUCAGAGAACUUGGUCGAUUCUUGGAUCAAGACUCUUAAUGAAAAGAAGGAUAAACCAACCGUUAGAAAAUCGCGUGUUAUUGCAUCUACCGUAGAAGAAUCUGUUUCGAGGAUGGAGAAAUGUGAGAGAAACGUAGCUUCUUCUUUGGUGCAGAUAUGGGAGGCGAGGCUAAACCCAUCCAGCGGCGGAAACUCGCCGAGCCAUAACCAGUCCACGGUGGCUAGUAACCGGGGCGAUUCAGGAGUCAGCGUUCAAGAUUCUUGUUUUUCGGAAUCUCCGUCUUCUGAUGAGUCGGGAGCUGAGAAUGGUGAUGUGGAGAUUGAGUCUAGGUCACACGGUUCGGUUUCUGAUUCCGGUUCCGGUCGAGUCGCUGACUUAAUUAAGAGGCUUAGCAAUGAAAAGAAGCUAAUCUCCAGCGGGGGUGGACUCUCGAUCAUCAGAACGCCGAGAACUUACAUCUCGUCAUGCUCGCAGAAAAGCACGGUUAGUUGCUCGCCGAGACUCCGAGGAAGGCAAGCGUUCACCGAUCUGCUUAUGCGAAUGGAGCGGGAUCGCAACCGCGAAUUGGAUUGGCUUCAUCAACGUAACGCAGUUUCUAGGUUUGCUCGACGUGGCCGCCUCCAGUCAAUGCUAAGGCUAAGGAACUUCAAACGCUGUCUAGCGAUUCGAGAUCAUUACCAGUCUAACGCAAAAACGAGCAAGUUAAACCGUUUCGAAUCAGGCUCUGAAGUUCUGCGUUUAAGGGAGAAGUUUCGCGCUAACGGAGCUGCUGCAGCAGAAACAGAAGUACCUACAGAGAGCACAAGGCUGAAGAAAGGCGGGAUUAAUCAAGAAGCUUCUUUCGCUGCAGUAGACACAACCUUAUGUAAGGGAAAAGAAACUGUAAAUGGAACAGUUGAAGCAAACAUUAAUUGCCUUCAGUUGCAAGAAACUUGGAAUGAUAACAAGGUCGAAGAUAAAGAAGGAAAAGCAAAUCAGAGCAAAACUCCAAAAUCAAUCCAGAAUCAAAUUGAGAACAAAAUGGAAGAUCGUGUGCAAGAAGCUCCGGAGACACAAGGUGUGGUACACGAGAGUAACAAGGUGGAUCAGUGUCUUGAGCAACACGAAACAUCCUAUUUGAAUGGAUGGGACUAUCAAGAAGAGUAUUAUGAAGAGGAGCAUUAUUAUUACGGAGAAACGAACAAUGACUGGCUUAGCGAAAUAUCACGACCUAGAAGUUACUGGGAGGAACUUAGGAAGUCGCGGUACCUGGAAGUAAUGAACACUCGUUCUGAUAAAGAGGACAUACGUAGACUCCUUGAACGAAGAACGGUUACAGACUUUCUCGAGAGCGGGUUACGAGAACAGAUUGACAGGCUCAUGAUGUCCCGUGUUCAGACACUCUCGAAUAAACCCUCUGACAAAUGGGAACAGCAACAAGAAGAAGAGGAAGAACAGAACAAUGAGGUCGCGGAAGAAGAAGAAGAAGAAGAGCCAUUGACAGAAGGCGAAGAGCAAGAAGAUAGAGAUGACUCGAGCCGAUCUUCCUCGCAUAUUUUUGCAUCGUCUCCUACCGGAUCAUGGAGUUCUCAAGACACUGAAGUAACUUCCACUCCUGUCUUGUCUGUUCACCCUCUAUCACCCGAAAUGGAGCUUAUAAGUGACAUGAGAGCACAAAUCCAACAGCUUCACCAAGAAAUGUCGUUACUACGAGACUCUGUCAAAACAUGUUUGGAUGCUAACGCGAGCUUGCAACAGUCAGUCCACGGAGAAAACCCUAUGAAACGCAAAUGCUGCGUCUGCGACGAAACGCAGGUCGAAGCGGUUUUGUACAUGUGCGGACAUAUGUGCACGUGCUUGAAAUGUGCCAAUGAACUACACUGGAGUGGAGGGAAAUGCCCGAUUUGUCGAGCUCAGAUUAUGGACGUUGUUCGUGUCUUCUUCGAUCCAAGAAACUGAAAUAAAAAAGGGUUCCUAAACGCAUGAGCGUCCUCUAACCCAUUAGGCCUUCUGUUUUACUUAUCGCGUUUGCGUUAUUUGGUGUUUUGGGCCUGAAUAUCGUAAUAUUCUCUUAACGUUAGGUAAUGUUACCAACAUUGUAACGAAAGGUUUUGUUUAGCUUUAGAGCAGCAGCAACGGUGUUAUUCUGGUGGUUCUAUAACCUAGAUAUUUUUAUAUUA